AUGGUUGAUGAAACUGAUACGAUUAAUCAUCUCAAAGAAGGUAUUUUGUCCAGGAGAAGAGGAAUUAUUCGUGAAAAUGCUGAGACAUUCAAAAUAUGGAAAGUGUUCAUUCCUGUUAAUGAAUAUAAUAAACUGAGAAACCCUUCAGUUGAAAUAGAAAGUGGUGAGAAAUUAGAAGGUGGUCAAAGAAUAACGUCUAUUGGGAAAGCUUGCAAUGAAUAUAUUCAAGUCUUUAUGGAAAAUCCUGAUUCGGUAAUUAUUCCACCUACUUUGACGAAACAGCAUGAUUAUUAUGGUUUAUGUGGUUUAUGUGGUUUACAAAUAGGUGUGAAGAUGGAUUAUUAUCUUGAGGAAAUCUGUAAAUUGGGAGUUAUUAAAGUAGGUGACGAGGUAAUUGGGAUUGAUAAUGGAAUAUGUACCGUUGCCCUCAUUGGUUAUGAUGAAGAACGAAAAAUAAUUACCUCAUUAGUAUUGCUUGAAAUUUGGUUACUUAAUAAAUUCAACUUAGAUAAACAGUAUAGACCUAAAUAUUAUAGUCUUCCUGAUGAAAAUAUUGAUGUUAUACAUAAUGGGAAG